GUUAUUUCAAUUUUGAAUUUGUCAAAAUUUUAUGUUACUUAGCUAUUUGUUAUUUUUAAUAUAAAUUUUUAUUUUAAGGAUCGUGAAUUAGUAUGAAAUUAUUUAAAUUUUUUGUUAAUAACAUUUCAUUGUUGUCGCAAAUAAGAAAUGAACAUUGCUGUAUGAACACAAAGCCGAAACAUUUAAUAUGUUUUAAAAACUGGUCAGCACCCAUGGUGUUAGAGGUGCUUGAGAGUGCUUUGAAUUUGAAAUGUACUAUCGGAAAUACCCACGGUAAGAGAUUGGACGUUCUCGCCGGUUCCAAGGUGAUGAUAUUACAAGAGCUCAAUGAACCUUUUCUAAAUAUGGCUGUUUCAAAAGCAGCGACUCUCCUCGGCGCGUAUGACGUCAAUAUAGUUGAUAAUUUAGCCUGGGACCAGGACUAUAUGGGCAGAGUAUUUUCUUUCAUGGCAGACGCUAUAUUUGUUGCUACAAUGACACAUAUGUGUGUACAAAGAUUUGCGAACCAAUCAACAGUACCUGUAGUAUGCAUGCGAUCCCGAACGCAUGCUAGCAUUCAGUCCCUAGCCACAAUGAUGGCUAUAAUUGAAGAAUAUGGUUGUUUAAAUGGGCUGAAUUUAGCAUAUUUCGGUCCACCGCAUCCAGUGCUAAAUUCGUAUUUAUUACUGUGCCCAAUACUUGGUAUUAAUUUGAAAUUUAUGUGUUGCUGUAAAAAUAAUCCGGUGUCUCCAUUACUGUACAAGGCAAGUGAAAAUAUGACCGCCAAGUCACACACUGCUCUGAAGGCUUGCAGCGAGAAAGAGGAAGUAUUGAAAGAUGCUACCGUCAUUAUAGCCGGGCCAUCUAAUGUUAACAAAAUAAAUGAAUUCAAGCUCGCCAUUGAUGAUAUCGAUAAGCAGAAAAGAAAUCAUUGGAUUUUCUUUCACACUGGACCCAGAGGAAAAGAAGUUGACGAUAAACUAUUUUUUCAUGAAAACUCAAAGACUUUUGUGGCUUUUGAGAAUUUCCAUUACAUUGCCGCAGCAUUGAUGGCCAAUGUUAUGAAGGAUUACAAAUUCUAAGCUAGUCUAUAUACUAAUACUUUUUUUUUGUGUAUCCUACAUGUGGUAAAAUUUUUAAAUUAUGUAUUUAUGUGAAAAUUAAUAGUUUUUUAAAUAAAAAUAUAAAUGGAUAACUAAAAUUAUGUUUAUUAUUUUCUAAUUUACUAUAAUUUUACUUAAAACUAUUGUAAAUAACUAUCUAAUCUGUUUGGUUUUUAUAUUUGCCGCGCAUGAAUUUCGGCAACGGGACUACACCAGGGCACGGAACUUGACCAUAUAUUUCGCAUAUGCAGGGUCUUUGACAACCGGUACCGAAGUUAGCGGGAUUGUCCUCUUUUUCUAUCGCCUCUGCUGCCAAAACUUCUUGCGAUUUACCAACGGUAUUCAAUAAGUGCUCCAUUAUAUCUUCCUUUGAUUUAUUAUCUAUGUCCACCAAUAUUUGC